GCAAUUAUACAUCAAGUUUCCCAACCACUUCUAUAUCUUUUUCCUGCACAACUCAAACAAAACUCAAUAAUCAUUAGACAAGGCUUUGAUAAUCUUAUCUUGACCUGUAGAAUUAUACACCGUCCUCUUUCUUAUUCUUUGCACCCUCACAUGGCUAAUAAUGACGCAGCUCUUAGGGCAUCUCUGGUCUGGUUGGCUGCAGUUAUGGUCGUUGUAGGAAUUUGGACUCAAUCUUUGAAGAAAAUGGCUGUAACUUAUAUAAUAGGUAUAGUUGGAAUUGCUGGUUUGCUUUUACCUGAUUGGGAUUACUUUGAUAGAGAUUUUUCGCGGUGGUGCUCUCCGAUUACUGAAGAAGAGAAGGCGGCUCUUGCUCAAAGAUCUGGAUUGCGGAAUAAGGUCUCUCCUCUCAGGUUAAUUGUUUACAGUGGUGUUUAUGGGUAUGCUUUAUAUAAGUGGUGGAUAUACAUAUCAAGUUGAAGGAUUUUGGAUAAAAAAUUAUGAGUUACUGUAAUUGUGGAUUUCUGGGUCUUUUUUUUUUAAGGAUUUAAUUAUAUAUAAUAUGUGUAUUGGAGAUAUUGGAUUGUGGUAAUCACAAUUUUUAUGAAUAUUAAUCCUUUCAUAAUUUAAAUGUAAA